CCACAACUUCUAACUGUACAAUUCAGCAACAUCGAUUUUCAACGAAACGACGAUAAGACUUGCGUGUGCUCGUGUAUAGUGUCGUCGACAAAAUAGAAAGAAAAUUUCAACAUUCAACUAAAAAAAAGAAACAGAACAAAUAACUCCUGGAAAAAAUUUCAAAAAAAAGCUAAACUUGUUCCCUUUCGAGUCCUUAGACAGUUUUAAAAAAUCCUUACCCUAGUCAGGAUAUUCGUUCGUGUUAAUAAUCAUCGUCGUCGACCAGAAAAAAAAAUUGGAACAAACUCAGCUCAGUGUUGACACAAAAAGGAUACACACUUAACUUUAGUAUUAUACAAUAUCUCCCUAAAAUAGAAUUAGUUCCUGUUCCUGGUUAUUAAAACUUUGUUAACUUCGAAACUUACGGGCACUUCUUAAAAAAGACACCCACAUCAUCUUCAACGGAAUCAAAAGAAGAAACUUCAAACUCUGACCAUUUCCAGCAGCUGUGGAUUUGAAGUUAAGUUGAAUUUGAAAUUAAAGUUGAAGUUGCAGCUGACAGCCAAGGCCGACAUUAAAAUUAAAGAGGAUACACAAGUUUUGCUGAUUUGUUAAACAAUGGCUGGUGGUGGUGAUCCAAAAUGGCAAAAAGAUGCUGCCGAUCAGAAUUUCGAUUACAUGUUCAAAUUGCUUAUAAUUGGAAACUCAAGCGUGGGCAAAACAAGCUUCCUGUUUCGUUAUGCAGAUGAUUCAUUCACAUCGGCCUUCGUAUCAACAGUUGGAAUCGAUUUUAAAGUGAAAACAGUAUUUCGUCAUGAUAAACGAGUUAAAUUACAAAUAUGGGAUACCGCUGGACAAGAAAGAUACAGAACAAUAACAACCGCCUAUUACCGUGGUGCGAUGGGAUUCAUUCUUAUGUACGAUGUUACGAACGAAGAUAGUUUUAAUUCCGUGCAGGAUUGGGUAACUCAAAUAAAAACUUAUUCCUGGGAUAACGCACAAGUAAUUUUAGUCGGUAACAAAUGUGACAUGGAAGAUCAACGUGUUAUUUCAUUUGAACGUGGCCGACAACUAGCCGAUCAAUUAGGUGUUGAAUUUUUCGAGACAUCCGCCAAAGAGAAUGUCAAUGUUAAGGCUGUAUUCGAACGACUUGUCGACAUAAUAUGUGACAAAAUGUCUGAAAGUCUAGACUCAGAUCCAACGUUAGUGGGUGGUGGUGCGAAAGGCCAGAGACUAACAGAUCAACCUCAAGGAACACCUACUUCUAAUUGCAAUUGUUAAAAAAUAAAUCAUACUUGUAUACAUAAAUAAAUAAACAAAAAAUAAUAAGAAAUAAUAAUAAAAAAAUAUAUAAAUAUAUUGUCUUUUAAUUUAACAAAAAAAAAAUAAAAAAAGAAAAAGUUGUAAUUUAUUUUUAGUGUUAAUUCAUUAUAUUAAAAAAUACAAAAAUCUACACAUACAAAGAAAAAGAAUACAUUAUACAUAUAUGCAUUAUUUAUUAAACCAAAACAAAAACAAAUUAUAACAAAUAAAAUAUUCAAUUGUAAUGAAAGAGUUUAACAAAAAAAUAAACAAACGAAAGUGGGAAGCAAAACAAAUUUAAGAAAAUUAAAGAAAAGAAAGAAACAAGAAUAAACACACAAUAACACUAAUUUUAAGUUUAAUCUAAAAUUUUUAAUGAUUUUUUUCUACUAUACAUACCAUGCAAUUGAAAUAGAAAGUUGUAUUUUGUGCGAAAUAAAUAAUAAAAUAAACAACAACAACAAUUUUACAAUUUAGCUAUACUAAUUAUAUUAAAAACCAUCUCUAUAAACAAAAUAUCUUUUUUCUAUUAUUCUUCUGCACUCGAUUAUAUAUUUUACAAAACAAAAAAAAAACAGAAAUCUAUAAACAAUAAAAUUACCAAAAAAUAGAAAAACAUUUCUCAAAAAUUCAAAAAACACCACCAUUGCAAUCAAUCAAGGACAUGAACCAUAAAAGUAUAUAUCGACAUUCUCUAUGACCACCAACCCGGAUUAUCUAUUUUCUAAGUUUUUAAUUAUUUAAGUUUUAAACAAAGACAAAAGCAAAACAGAGGAGUAAACGUUUUUAAAUUAAAUUAGCAUAAAAAAAAACAUACAUAGCAAAAGUUAUAAAAUUUGUUUGCAUAAAGAAGAUAUAUACAUAAAUACAUACAUACAUUAAAAUAUAUUUAAAUCGCAGUUCAUUUUUUAUUAAUAAUAAGAAAAUUAAAUAAAAAUUAAAGACAAACAUAAAAAUAUAAUAAAAUAUAUAUAUCUUGUAUAAAUGUGUUUUAAGCUAAAAUAAUAAUAAAAAUAAAACAAAUAUAUAAAAUAAAAUGAGUUAUUUAAAAAAACAACCAUACUAUCAUCUUGUAUUAGAAAAUGUUAUUGAUUUAAAAUUAUAAAAACAAACAAAAAAUAAUUAAAUAAAAUUGUAGGUAGAAUUUGGUGUGGAAAUGUUAAAAACAAAAAAGUAAGCUAAUUUUUAAGAAAAAUAUCAAAAUGCAAAAAAAAAAAAUAAAAAAUACUAUAUUAUACUUAUAGUAGACAAUAACAACAACAAAAGGAAAAAUAAUUUACAGAAAUUUAGUUUUAUUUUUAGUUUAAUUUAUUUAUAAAAUUACGAUUAUUCCAGUUUACACAAAAUGAAAAUAGACAAAUAUUUAAAAGAAAAAACAUUUAAAAUAGUUAAUAAAUAAAUUAUUGUGAAAUAUUUCAAAACGAAGCUGUAGAAGUUUUUCUUUAAAUUCAGGAAUGGAAUUUUUUAAAUAUUUCAAAACUAAGCGAAGAAAUUUUUUUUUUUAAUUCAGGAAUGGAAUUUUUAUAAUUUUUAUUAAGAAAUACAGCAAAGCUGUACUUUUGGGUUUCUAAAUCAAAAAGUUUUGCACAUCUUCAACAAUUUGUAGGUGUUCGAGGAUAAUGCAAAAAGUCUGAUAUGGCUCUGAUGGUCUUAAGUUACCUAUGUUCUUCUAGCUUACGAACUUAGGUAUAAAUUAUUCAUUGUUUUUUAAUGAACUUGUCGUUGAUAAAUUAAGUUAAUGUUAUAUCGGAGCAUAAUGUAUCUAGUUAUUUGCUUUUGAAACCACUUAUAUUUCUGUAUUUCUGCAAGAAGAUGCCCUCACAUUUCUUGCAAGCGUAUCUUCAUUUGCAGUGAAUUGUAAGAAACUGCACAAAAUGUUGUUUCAAAAUUAUUACGAGUGAGACCAAAAUAUUUUGCCUUGGUCGAACGUAAUUCUUAGCAUUCAAAGAAAUUCUAAGUAAAGUUUUUCCAAAGGCAUAAAUCUACCGAGAAAUAAAUUCCUCUUAAACAAAGAUCAUUCAAUUUUGAUGGACAUUUUAUCCGAUAUCAUCUAAUUCCGUUUCAAAUUUUUACGGUCAGCGAAACAUUUUGAGGGAAAACUUGAUUAACCAAUAACCAUAAAAAGAUGAAUUCUUUAACGGUUAGCAAUGUUACACAACAUCCAGGUUCAGUGACUAUGAUUCUUAAAUUCAGAAACUUAAAGUUUAUGUGUGUUAGAAGAUGCGAAGCUUCAGAAACUGUAACCAUUGUGAAUAUCUAGACAUUGUCUCACUUAAAUUUGAUUCACCAUAAAAAGAUGAAAAGGUGAAUUCUUUAACGAUUAGCAAUGUUACACAACUUUCAGGUUUAGUGACUAUGAUUCUUAAAUUCAGACACUUAAAGUUUAUGUGUGUUAGAAGAUGCAAAGCUUCAGAAAUUGUAACCAGUAAGAACAUCUAGAUAAUGUUUGACUUAAUUUGUAAAGCUAUCAAAUCACUAAUUUUGUCAAUAUUUUCACGACUUACUUGAGCCGAAGAAAAUUUUAACAAUUAGUGCAGAAAUAGAAAUUAGACAGGAGUUCAGAACGUCUGCUAACAUCUGCAUGGUGUUCUGCAUCCAUAUUGUUCCAUCAAAGAAAAAGAGCAGCCUUUGUUUUUUGUCUCAGAAAAUUUAUUUUUCGAAAUAUCAGUGAUGCCGGAUUACGAUAAAUUAGUGUUUUUGUAAAUCUGCUGAGAAUUAAAAACAGAAAAAUAGUUUAGCUAUAAGCUGCAUGCACGUUUUCAGCUUAUAGCUAAACUUUUUUGGCAUGCACGUUUUCUUAACCAUUGUUGGUUUCGACUUCGAACCACAAAACUUAUACUUUUCUGAUACGAUCCUUAAGUUUUCUUGGCGAAAACCAUAUGUAUACAUUUGUGCAAAAUGUAAUUGACACCUUCGGGCAUCGCAGAGGGUUAAAUCCUGCUCAAUAAGAUCACGUGUUAUUAAGAUUCACUGCUUGAAAGCAUUUGUUUCCAUAUGAAUCACAAAAAUAAGGCAACAUGUUUCCGACUCAAUGAAAAAAUAACUGGAAACAGAAAAGUAAGCUAAAGGACGAAAAGCCUGAAUUGAAGCCUCUUAGCAGAGGCAAACUAAAAACGUUUUAAAGCCUUCAUCAAAUUUGAAAUACAAAAACAACAUCGGAAUAAUUAGGGCCUUAAAUUCUAGCCAAAGCUUGGUUUGAAACACUGUCUUGUUUAUAAGAUUAGCCUGCGCUCUACACCUUCGUUACAGCAUUGUAACUGAACACCAACUACACCAUUAAUUUUGUAAAAAUUAUAUAGACGAAAAAUGGA